AUGUCGUCUGAUCAACUAUGCAACUCGCUUGCGUUUCAACAAGUCAGUCGUUACCCUAGAUGUCCUCCGAGCAUGGAUGGAUAUAAGCAUACCGCGAGUCGACUGGGACCUCCCAUUACGACUGUUCUUUCCUGUCCUCAUUAUGGCUUCUUUCGGGGUUAUCCCUUCUGCGUUGUGGGCCGGCGCCAUAACCCCGAUCCUGACGACUGAUGCGACUGUGGCUACACUCCAGCUUCCAAGCUACUCGAACGUCUCUUUAAUCAAGGAGUACCCUUCCGAGAUUCGACAAGGAGGACCCACUCUCCGCACUACGCAGGGGUAUUUCACCUACAACGUGGGCACUCAACUUGUUGGAGACAUCCUAUCCUCAGGGGCGUCCGCCACCACCUUGGACAAGAGUGUCCGGCAACAUUCCAAACUCGACAACACACAAUUCAGUUACCUAGGUCGUUCAUAUGGUGUCGGUAGUUCUGUUGGCCUGGGCGACGAGAACAUAAGAGCCUUGGAGCUGGCAACGGGAUACACCUACCAAGAGUCAGGCUAUCUUCCUGAAGUCUCCUGCACCUACAACUCCAGCACUGAAUUCAUAAUUACGAAAGAUGUCGACCAAUGGAUGUGGAUAGCCGGCGGAUACCUCCCCGAUAGCGUCGAAGACGUUACUGUCAUGCAGACUGUCGAGUACAAUAACUACGUAGGCCACUACUCCGACGCUAUUGUUGCAAUAGGAGUUUCACACUCGCCUCUAUCAGAGCGACGAUACCUCGCUAUUGCCUCUGGCAAAGACUAUGCGUUCCUCAACACGACUCAAUGCUCCUUCGAGUUCACACCGACUCUUUUCAACAUAUCUGUCAAUCUACCCAAUCGCACCAUUGCUGUGACUCCUGGCCAGCGGAUCCCAGACUUCAAUCCCGAGCGCAACCUCACCCGCACUGUCGUUCGCCAGUUCUCGCUGCUGUCCAACGACCUCACCAACUUGUAUGUUUCGUUGCUGGGGGAUUCUCUUAACUCCAGUAUCGCAGCAUACAACAUGUCCAUGAGUGCUUCGAACGCAACGAACACGGAAGCUGAUGCUACUCUCGCUGGCCUAACAAAUUCUAUUACUGCGAUGACCGAUGAUAUGCUAUCUGCAUACGCUGCGGCACAGCUCAUGGUCGGCCAAUUCUCAGAGUCACGAACAGCGAAAGUGAACAGGAACGCACUGCGAUUUGGUCAGCCAGCCUACGUGUAUGCUGUCUUUACGGUCAACUUUGUGGUUCUGCUAGCUGUAGCCGCAGAAUCGGCUCGAACGCGUGCUUGGAUGAGCUUAGGAAGCUUCGACUUUUUGGAUCCAAGAGCUUUGAUUGUCGCCGCGUCGAGAGGAGGAGGGAUGGGCGUAGCAGAUGCAGUUGACGGUAUGGGGGCGGGCAUUGUACCCAAGAAGGAGAAGGCGAAGAAAAUGUGGCUGUUUAGCGAUCGAGAUGAAGGGAUCGGCGAUGUGUCCGUAAGACUUGUAACCAAGGACGGUGAUAGGUUUGGGAUUUCUUUGGGUAGAGGAAGAGUGAGUGAGGACGAGUUGGAGAGUAAAGUUGCUCAUGUUGAAGGAGGCUGGAUCUAGAUUGUAUUUUCGGCGUUUCAUAUUAAUGAUGUAAUGACACUGCUAGCUUUUCCAUAGAUACUCAUAUCUAGCCACAAUUGACGAGGGUGAUACAAAC